AGGUUUGCUGACUUCCAACAAAUUACCUCCCUUACGAAAAAGUAUGGCUUAAUGAUCAAUGAAGUGGGUUGAGAACCUGAUGUCUCAGGUUCAAAUCUCAGUAGAAAUAAAAGCAUUAGGUGUUUUCUUCCCAUAUGUGUAAGCCUUGGUGGAUAAAGUCACAUGGUACCUAUUGCUGGUAGGAGGUAGCACGUAUUUCGUAGAAUUUAAUCAAGGUGCGCGCAAGCUGGCCCACACAGCACAGUUAUAAAAAAAAAAAGAAGGAAAAGAGGUAACAAGGAGUAAAUUCAAUAGGUGAUACAAAAACAUAUGGAAGCAAAGACAUCAUAAAUGACUUUCAUAUUCCCUGUACUAUGUUAAUGUUAUGGAUUGUCACGUUCUUCUCUCUCAUGCAAUAAUGCUAGGUCACGUUAAAGUCGAAGUCCUUGUUGUAAGUUUGAGGCCAAUAAAAGUAGCUUCAUCUGUCAACAUAAACUUUCCCCAUUCUGUACGAGAAACCUAUCAAAUUGUAGUAUCUUUAGCUCAUCUUUAAUCCAAAUCCUGUUCUCCACUUACCAGACUUCACAUAGAAGCAGAAAGUUUUUCCCAACUUGUUUGCUUCCCCACAAAGAGAUGGAAACUAGCAAAUGGGAAGAGAAGAGAAGCAUGACGGCAGCAGAAAUGGAAGAGGAGGAUGACGAGGAAGACGAAGAUGUUGUGGAGGACAACAAAAGGAAGAGGGUCUUGACUCACUCGGGAAGGAAGGUACCUGGCGGAGAGGGUUCAAAGCUGCCUUCCUGUCAAAUUGAGGACUGCACUGCAGAUAUGGCAAAUGCCAAGACAUACCAUCGCCGCCACAAGGUCUGUGAAUUUCAUGCAAAGGCUCCAGCAGUACUUAUUGGUGGACUCCGACAGCGUUUCUGUCAGCAAUGCAGCAGGUUUCAUCAGUUGGGAGAGUUCGAUGAAGCAAAAAGGAGUUGCAGGAGACGUUUGGCAGGCCACAAUGAACGCCGUCGUAAAAGUUCAUGUGAUUCUCCUGGAGAAGGGUCAAGUUAAAGGGGCAUCAGUCCAAUGGCAGAGAAAUCACCUACUUGUGGACUGAUGGAAGAUAAACUCCCACUGAAAAAUAUAAUCACGGUUUUACCAUGCUCGCUCUCUUCUGUCACUAUCCAAUUUUCCUUUUUAACAAAAAUUAUCAUGUAAGGUAUGCAUUGAGUAGUAAUUUCAUUUCGCUUGAAAAGAAAGGAGUAUGAAAGAGUGUGUCAUUAACUUUGUCUGUUAGUACUUUGAUAGUUCGUAGACUGAAAAUAUAAUUAUGCUGUGUUACAUAUGGAUGCUGCUUGAAAA